AGUGUAUACCCGACUCUCUCUGCGCAGGGAUAUCAGCUUGGAGGGGGUCACCGGAGAAGGGGUGGAAAAUACAGAGAGGGCGCAAGAGGGAGGGAGAGAGGGGGUGAGAGAGGGCGAUCACCGUCCUAGGGCUGCUGCGCGCUCUUGGACUGUACUCGCGCGCGCGCGCGGCAUUCAAGCGAGCUGUGUCGUGUGUCAGGAGCUAGCUCUCGAGUUUUACCUCGGCCGUGCGGUUCACCAGGAAUACACUCCUAUACAUAGAUACACCUCGAGUUUUCGUGCGCGGAUGAUAAUAAAGAGGCGUGAAUUCGACCUAUGACACCUAAAGCGAGAGAGAGAGAGAGGGAGAGAAAGAUAGUGACACAGUUUCGUGCGAAGGAAGAAGAGAAACUUGCCAGAGAGGAAGAGUGUGUGUGAGUGUGCCUUGGCGGGCUGUGGCCGACAGUAUAGAGCUCGCUCUCGCGCGCGAGAUGACAGUGAUAUGCCGGGCUUAGAGUCAGUGUUCUCAUCCCUCAGCUCCCGAGCCAGUUACUUCUUCUACUCGUUCUUCUGCCACUUUUUCUUCCGCCUACUAUCGUCGCGUCACUGCGUAACCUGCUAAUUUACCGGCUGUGUUUAUCCUCGGAGUCGUGCCCACUGUGAACAAGUGCUCGUUGUUUGUUUGUUUCGCUCGGGGGAUGCUGUUACCGCCGUGAGAGUAUCGCCCGCGUAAAAAUUGAGGAAAAAUCAAAGUGCAUGAGUUGUUGUUCCUCCAUAAACAAGUGCUACGCUGGAUGGUGCGUGAGGGUAUAGCAAGAAGAGGAAGCAGCAGCAGCAGCAGGUCUCAGCAUGACGGGCCCGGCUGCAACGGCCCAGCGCUGCCCUGACGACAACGCCUGAGAGGUCGAAGGGGGAGGCGUUAUCACCAGCAUCCUCACACCUGCACGCAACGCCCUCGACUCGCAGCCGAUCUCACUAUUGCGGGACCACCGCGCGAUCGACGAGGCUCAGCCCCGCUGACACACUUUCUCGCCUGGCAAACGUGGACUCGAAAAUUCGCAAGAAUGCGGGACCGGCUCUCGUGGUACAUGGUGUUUUUGAUCCUGCCGACGAUUUUACUGGCCAGAUCCCUCGACAAAGACCGUCGGAUACCCUACAGCAUACCGUCGGACUACAAGGCGCUCUGGUACAGCAACCUCGAUGAGCUGCAGCGAGUGAACGAGGCAAACGAAAACAACACCGUCUCGAACGUGACGGUGCAGCUUGGUGGCACCGCUUUCUUGCACUGCAAAGUUCGCAAUUUGGCAGAGAGAACCGUUUCGGAUGCCGAGAUUUCCUGGAUCCGUCGACGCGAUUGGCACGUCCUAACCAGUUCUAUGUUCACCUACACGAACGACGAGCGGUUUCAAGUGCUGCAUCCCGAAGGCUCGGACGACUGGACCCUUCAGAUCAAGUACGUGCAGGAGAGAGACAACGGGACCUACGAGUGCCAGGUCUCCAGGAGUACAGGGAUACUGUCGCACUUCGUCAAUCUAAACAUAGUGACGCCGGAAGCGUUUAUACUGGGCAGCGAGGAGCACCACGUCGACGUCGGGUCUAUAAUAAAUCUCGUCUGUAUUAUAGAAAAGAGUCCGACGCCGCCCCAGUACGUCUUCUGGUACCACAAUAACCGGAUGAUAAAUUACGACGUUGCGCGCGGCAGCGUCACUGUACAAACCGAUCCAGGACCAACACAGAGUCGGCUCGAAAUUCGCCACGCGAUCGAAUCGGACACCGGCAACUACACGUGCAGCGCAUCGAACACUAAGCCUGCCUCGAUCUUCGUUUUCGUCACUGAAGGCGACAAAAUGGCGGCGAUCCUGCGCCGUAAAACUUCGGGCGUAGCGCGGGGGAGCACCGGCUGUUGGCUCCUGGUGCUCGUCUUACUGCUGGCCAACCGGCGAGUCGUCGUCACACGAUAAACAUCAGCAGUGCCCGGCUAUAUAUAUUUACACACACCAACAAUACCAUAUGCGAGGACGACGACGACGAACUAAGCAUCAGCGUACUCGACAUUGCGUCAGCGUCAACACUCGAAGAUGAUAUGUUCACACCCACACACACACACACACACAUGCAUACACAGGAUACGUACACGAUGCGAUGUAAAACAGAGGAACACACACAAUAGACACACGAUAAUAUACAGAAUCGACGAAGGCAAAUAAUGUCCACGCCAUUAAUCACGUCGUUUUAAAAAACAAUUAUGAUUAUUAUUGUCUCGGAGUGAAAGAGUAUACGAGAGAGAGUCUGAUAUGCGAGAAUAAAAUUAUUAUGUAUAACACAAGAGCGACGCAUCAUUGCUGGCCGUUGUUCGAACUAUAUAUGCGUGUACCUACCACACAAUUCGUUUCGCGCGCGCGUUUUUAUCCAAAAAAAAGAGAGAGAGAGAGAGAGUGAGAGCCGCUGGUGUGUUUUCUCGCGCGAGACCCGGCAUAUACAUGCUAAUGUGUAUAUCAUGCGCGCGUUAACGCGCCCGCGCCGAGAGAUAAAAGCCGGAGGGAAAAAACGCGAUUCCGCUCGCUUAUUGUGCACUGCGCUCGGUUCUUUUUUUCUGUUUUUUCAUUUUUUUUUUUUUUUUUGCACGUGUCGCGUCUUUUGUUGUUGUCGUCGUCGUGUGCUUUUCGAUAUAUGUAUACAGGCACAAGUCGUUCCGUGUCAAGGCGUUUCUUUCACGAGCCUCGUUUGUAUAGGUACAACUGUGUGUGAGAGAGAGAGAGAGAGAGAGAGGGAUACGGAAGUGUGCGGAAGGGGGUGCGGAAAAAAGCUUUUGAUUCUCGUGAGAGAUUGCGCGAUCGCCUGUUUCGAGUCGUUAUGUGAUGUGCGUGAACGCGACCCAAAUUGUAUGUAAAUAAUAUUCGAGCGAUUAUCGCCCAACCUUCGCUUUCACACGAUCUGAUGUACGAGACACGGCACCACGUCUUCUAUUUUCGUUUCGUUCUCGCGGGAAUGUGGAAAAUUUUAUCGUCCUUCGUUAUACUCGACGAAUGCAUUAGCCGCGUGGAUUUGGCUUCUUCAGGUUUAUUGAAAGAUUAUAUAGAACUUGUAUGCCAUUAAUGAUUAAUCGAGAAGACUCGCGGUUAUUUCUAGGGACGGUUUUUAUAACUCGAUUUCGAUUUCUCGAUCUGAUAUCGGGUCGUUUUCAACAAAGCACGUUUGACUUAUUGGACUGAACUUUCUUAUAUACGAAUAUCUAUUUUACGUUUGACGAGUGUAUAAGUGACGUAUAUUAUAGCUGGAAAUUCGUUAUAUCCGACGAGAGAGUUUUGGUUCUGCUAAUAAGACUGUCAAUCGAUCACCUGCGUUCUAAAACUGACUUUUGCUACGGAAGACUUAUUUCAUAGCUGGAACAAACAUUUCGCACACACUGUGUACAGACGAGAAAUUCGAGUUGACCAAGUUUAUCUCUUUGUUAAGAAUAUAUGUAUGAUAAUUAUUAAGUCAUUUUUAUGUACGAUUGAAAAAUUUAACAUUUGUUAUUACGUAUGAUUACAAUGACUAGUAUGAAAUAUUACGAGUAUAAUAAUUGCAUACGAAUAUCCAAGUAUAUGAGUAUACAUUUCAUUGCACGUGCAUACAGCCAAAGGAAUGUAUUCCGCGAGAAACGGAUAAACCAGCGCAUCAUUCAAGCCGAAGACUGCAUAUUCUUCCAUAUAUUGCGUGUAAUAUUUAUCAUUUCAAGUUUGUACUCGUUUCACUACGUCUAUUUCAUCAAAAAAUAGCGAAUAAUUCACAGUUAUAUAGAAGAGCUACGUUCUGUUCUAGCCGUUUCCUUCAAACGAACUAAGUAAAAACAAUAAGAGCCGAUAUUAUUACACUUGUUUCUGCAGCUGAAAAACGAUAAACUCAAAUACGACGGUUGUAAUGUUAAUUAUCCGUUACGCUGCGCUGGUUAGGAUUGCUUUGUAGUGUACUUUUCAAACCUCCGUUUAACCCGCAACAACGAGACUGGGUCGCGGGCACGUCGGGAAAAUUCACGGAAAGAGGAAAAACUACCGCAGAGGAUGCAUAAAUUGAAAGGGAAAUGCUUCGCUGCUCGUUCGAGUGUGUACAAGAAUAGAGCAUAUAGCUGUACCUACUGUGUAGUAAACGUCGACGUUUCAAAGCCAACGUAUUUAUGUAUAUAUACGCAAAGUAUAAUAAAUUUUUUCUUUCACGACUUUGAAAUUUCAACGAGAAAAAAAAUUCCUCUCUGAUAUUUCAAAUUAAUUUCGCCGCUUUCUCACAUGUACAAUUUUAAACACCGCGCGCACGCGAAACAUAUCUCAAUAAAGCUCUCGGCCAAUAUAAAUGCUCGCUUGUGUGCGCGUCUUUUUAAUUGUCCCCGGGCUGCUGAAAGUUUGCCGACGACUCGAGUCUACAUCCUAGCAGAUGCUGGGAAAUAUAUUAUCACGUUUAUUAGCGACCCGCUUAGGCUUCAGAAGGUACAUAUAGAGAGGCAAAAGCGCAAUGAGAAGUCGCAGAGUUUGCGCCAGUAGUAGAGAAAAAAAAAUAAAAAAAAAAGCAAACGAGAGCAAGCUGCGGAGGCAUGUAUAAUAAAUUGUAAGGGGACUCGAGGGACGAGGCAUAUAAUGGGCUUGAAAUGAAAACUGGAGUUCUUUUCUCGAGUCGCGAUUGUUGAAUUCAUUAUACGCAGCCUCGUCCUCCAUACACACCCGCGUCAAGUAGAAAGGGACGGGGUACAGACAGACGAGCUUUAAAUACCCUGUGCUACUGCGUACAGUCGGACAGAAGUAUAUACUCGAUUCCUCCUCGAGCGUCUCACACACACACACACACACACACAUGCACUCGUGCGAAAUCCCCUUUACUUUUGGAAUUGCUCUUAAUGCCGGGGCUCUCCUUGUUUUCUAAGAGAAAAAGAGAGAGAAAGAGCCAUUGAUUACGCGACGAUGACUUCACAUCGAGUUCUCUCUUUUCCGAGAGCGCGCUCGCGUCCUCUCCGAGGACUACUUUUGUCGAGAGCUUUCUGUGUCGCGGGUCUUCUUUUUUUUCCUGCGCGCAUCGUUCUCUCUCCGUAUACACUGGCUUCUAGUUUCAUACGACGUGCGGCUAGCUCGUUGUUCGCCGCGCUUUGCUUUUACGCGUUCCGAGUAACCCCGUUCUGUAUUACUCAUAAUAUUAUAUCUUUUUUCCACUGCGGCGCAUCGAUUUCGAGCUAUACUGGGCACAUGCAGAUUGUUGAAACGUCGGUAAGAGGAACCCUGAUGGGCAGCGCUAAUGCAAGGCGUAUCGUGUUGCGUUGCCUUUUUUUUAAAGAAAAAGAUGAAGUACAUUUUUACCUCCAGAAUUCUACUCGUUAGUCGUUAGUGUGUGAUAUCUCCUGUGACGCGCGAUAGUCGAUUUUGAAAAUCCCUCCACGAUGCCAACUGCCGAGGUCGCGAUCUUUUUUGUAUAAAUAAUAUAUGUAUUUUAGUUUCGUGAACGUUCGAGCAAGCUCACCCGUAUAAGCGGGCGGAAAAUUUAAGUGUCGCUCCAACGAUAUUGCAACACACACACACAGAACAGACACUCACACACAGACACGGGCGACUCAUUAGCAGAAAUAACCAGCUUUCCUUUAAAAGGAAUGCCGAACAUGAAAUUUCAUGCGCGAAAGUGGCGAAGAAAGAGCGGGUGGAGAAUAUAAUAUAAGUGUAAAUGUGCGAGACUGCGUAGAUGAUAGAGUGGACGAAUACAAGAGAGCGUGUACGUAUAAUAUCCUUUUAGUUCUCGUUAAAAACGAAAGUCAACAUACUGAUUAUACAAUGGAGAGUACGCAAACGGUGAAUUUUUUUUUGUUAGGAGAGUUUUUCUAUUACGUAUAAAUAUCUCCGCCGAUUAAUUAUUAUAAAUAUAUAUAUAUAAAUAUAUGAAUCGUACAUUGCGAGAGGUAAAAGUUUAUUUGACUAAGAACAAUGAUCGGUGAUGUGCGAAAGAGGUAGAGACACAGCGAGAAAGAAAGACAGAGGAGACGAAGAUGCGAGAGUAAAGAGAGUAUAAGGAAAAAGUGCGCGCAGCAGUCCACGAACGAUUAAAAUCCGCGAGAAAAAGUUAACAAAUAAAAUAUACUAUACAAAGAAUUAUUAUGUCCGAAAGACGAGGAGGCAUUCGUGCUUUGCUGCGCGCACGCCUUUAACUAGGCUAUUCGUAGGGUCUGUUAAUAUUAAGAUUAAGAACGAUAAAUAUACGAUUACAUUACGGUGGAAUUUCAAAGAUUCUCAAAGGAUUCAAUGAUACUUGCAACUUCAAGAAUUUCUCAGUAUAUGUCUGCAAUCAUGUAUUAUAGAAAGAAAUGAUUCGAUUCAAUAAAAAUAAUGCGAAAA